CUGCCAAGGCCCUCGCCUGCUGGGCAUGGGACAGCAGCAACAGAGCAGCGGCCCAGGGCUGGCAGCUGGCAGAGUUGUGACCACAUCCUCGCCCCCAGCCCAGCCUGCACCCCAAAACCUGGAGAGACAGCUGCUACACAGUCAACUCAUGGAAUCCAAAGACUCCUGCUGCAUAUUCCUCUGAUCUGGAAUGUUUCCUGAGCUGCCUUAGGAGGGACCUGGGUUCAAGUCCUGACUUAUCACCAACUAACUGAGUAACCUGGGCUGGUCACAUCCUCUCUUGAAGUCUCAGUCUACCAUCUCUUCAGGGAAGGGAUUGAACCAAUGAUUUAAAACCAAUGAUUUUCCUGCUCUGACACUGGGAUUUGAGUUCUAGAUUUCCACGUGACAUUCAAGAAGUCUGGCUGGAAUGAGGGACUCUGAAAUGACCAUGGGUCUAGGCUGGGCUUUCUGCUCAGCCUAGCUCAUCUUUGCUUGAGAAUUAGAGGUGACCUAGGCCCCUUGAAGUGCCUCCCUUUGUGUCUGCUCCUCUCCCUGCCCCCCAAAUACCCACGCACCAAAGGAGAUUCCUCUUCUAUAACAAAGCCAGGAGGAGUCGCUUGUUCCAGAGCCAGAGGUAGCCAUGGGGGCCUGUUCCGAUGCCAACAGUUCAUCUGUCCUUGAGACUAACACCACGGGCAUCACAUCCUUCUCCAUGCCCAGCUGGCAGCUGGCACUCUGGGCCAUAGCCUACCUGGCUCUGGUACUGGUAGCUGUGACGGGCAAUGCCACGGUCAUCUGGAUCAUCCUGGCCCAUCAGAGGAUGCGCACGGUCACCAACUACUUCAUUAUCAACCUGGCUCUGGCCGACCUCUGCAUGGCUGCUUUCAACGCUGCCUUCAACUUUGUCUACGCCAGCCACAACAUCUGGUAUUUUGGCCGUGCCUUCUGCUACUUCCAGAACCUCUUCCCUAUCACAGCCAUGUUUGUCAGCAUCUACUCCAUGACUGCCAUCGCUGCUGACAGAUACAUAGCCAUCGUCCACCCCUUCCAGCCACGGCUCUCGGCCACUGGCACCAAAACAGUUAUUGCUGGCAUCUGGCUGGUGGCCAUGGCCCUCGCCUUCCCCCAGUGCUUCUACUCCACCAUCACCGUGGACCAGGGCGCCACCAAGUGCGUGGUGGCCUGGCCAGAAGACAGCGGGGGCAAGACACUCCUCCUAUACCACUUCAUCGUGAUCGCCCUCAUCUACUUCCUGCCCCUGGUGGUGAUGUUCGUCGCCUAUAGUGUCAUUGGCUUCACGCUCUGGAGGCACGCAGUGCCGGGAUACCAGGCGCACGGUGCCAACUUGCGCCACCUGCGGGCCAAGAAAAAGUUUGUGAAGACCAUGGUGCUGGUGGUGGUGACAUUCGCCAUCUGCUGGCUGCCCUACCACCUCUACUUCAUCCUGGGCAGCUUCCAGGAGGACAUCUACUGCCACAAGUUCAUCCAGCAGGUCUACCUGGCACUCUUCUGGUUGGCCAUGAGUUCCACCAUGUACAAUCCCAUCAUCUACUGCUGCCUCAACCACAGGUUUCGCUCUGGAUUCCGGCUUGCUUUCCGAUGCUGCCCAUGGGUCACGCCAACCGAAGAAGACAAGCUUGAGCUGACUCACACUCCAUCCCUCUCCACAAAGGUCAACAGGUGUCACACUAAAGAGACUCUGUUCAUGGCUGGGGAUGUGGCCCCCUCCGAGGCUACCAACGAGGAGGCUGGGGGUUCCCAAGAUGGGACACUGCUGUGGUUUGGAUAUGGAUGGUUUGCCCCCACCAAAACUAAUGUUGAAACUUAAUCCCCCAAGUAGCAGUGUUUUUUGUUUUGUUUUUUGUUUUUUUUUUAGAGACAGACUCUCACUUUGUCACCCUUGGUAGAGUGCCGUACCAUCACAGCUCACAGCAACCUCCAACUCCUGGGCUUAGGCGAUUCUCUUGCCUCAGCCUCCCAAGUAGCUGGGACUACAGGUGCCUGCCACAACACCCGGCUAUUUUUUUUGUUGCAGUUUGGCCAGGGCCAGAUUCGAACCCGCCACCCUCAGUAUAUGGGGCCAGCACCCCACUCACUGAGCCACUCAAGUGGCAGUGUUGGGAGGUGUCAAGUCAUAGGGCAGCUCCCUCAUGAAUAGAUUAAUGCCCUGCUGCAUGAAGUGAAUUCUUGCUCUUGUGGGAAUGGACUAGUUGUGAGGUAGUAGUCUGGCUCCGUUCAUUCCCGUCUCCUGCCUCCUCUCUCACCAUGUGAUCUCUCUGCACAUGCCCACUCCCCUGCCACCUCCUGCCCUGAGUGGAAGCAGCCUGAGGCCCUCACCAGG